GCGCGACCGUUUAUUCGCGCAGCAGCUUUCAGAAAAGGAUACACUGAGGCUUCGAUCUCUGAACGGACGUUUUUGACAAUUAAAAAGUGCAUUUGUUGAGUUUAUCUAUGAAAAUCGGUUGAAAGCAACGCCCAAUCUUUUGGGUAUUUGAAAAAACUUCCUCGGUUAAUAUGCAGUCUAUCGGAGAUAAUACUCGGUGACUUCACGAUCGGUUUUGCUCUCAUUCAUUGUCCACACCUGGAGAUAAUGUGUCUCUGUGCGAUCGGAAUCAAUAUCAUGCACUAAAGUGACUCGGUUUUAUUCGGGAUAAGUACUACUUCUAUGAUCACUUUAGGUAUGAGUUUAUUACUGCAUUUAUACAUAUUUUCUCUAUCUUUUCCGAAACGUAAACCUCGCACCUAUCUCCGUUGUUUCGAUAUCGAAUCUUAGGGUUGAUUGUAUUUCUGCUCUCUGCCCUCAGCCUUGUCCUUAUACGAGGACAGCCUGGAUAAAGUUUUCUUUUCAUACUUACAACUUACGUAAAAUGACGUAACAAGUAUUGGCUUAUGACAUCAAUUGUGACCUCGCACCUAUGAAUCUGGAUUUUUUACCCUCCCUUUUUUAUCGCCAUAAUAUCGAUCUGCAUCUGCUAUUGCUAGUGUAUUAAAACAAAAAAAAAUGGCCGACAGGACGAGGAGCGGCUACCUCCCGGCGAUGCUGCAUUCACCUGGUUCAUCUGCAGGCUCUCGUGCGCAAAUAAAACGCAAAAGUGCAGCUGUCGACGCCGAGGAACUGCGGACGAAUCGCGGAACAAACACGACCAAAAGAGUUGCGCCCGGUCGCAUAGACACGACAUCGGCGGAGGAUGAUUUGUAUCCUGUAGUUGCAGCAGGAGGUGCUGGUGGUGCAACUACCGGAACAUCAUCAAGUGGCACUGGAAUAAAUCUCAUUUCCACCCCGGCUGCUCCUCCUCCGCAUUACGUCACCCCGGUGCCCAGCGCGAUGUUCACACCGUCCUCCCCGCACCCGCGCAGCCCCUUGCUCGGUAACGCAAAUCUUCAAACCAACUCCUUCCGCCCGUCUGCCGCACAGGCGGACGAUGCGUACCGGGGGCUGGUCAUGCUGUCUCAGUCGCCGUUUUACCAGCGACACGCAUCCAACAGCCAACCGGGAAGUCCGGCGAGACUGCCGACGUCCUUCCGCAUGGAUGGGUUUUCGGACGACGGUACUGUUAUGCAAGGAAAAAGCUGUGUUUGUGUAAGUGUAUUUGUAAGUCAAAGUCUGUGAUGCAGAAAAUGCAAGGCAGUUCCUUGACGUUUUUUACAUUUGGACUUUGUGAUGCCCGACUCGUGGUCCCAUGAAGUCCUCUUUUCAUGUGCUGUGUUUUCACUGAUACGAGCUGGCUAUGACAGGUUUUCUCUGUCAUGCACUGUCAUUCCAGGUAGACAUCUACACUGAUACAUUUUUUUUUUCUUGGAUAACUAUGCCGGACGGACUCAGAACCCUGUCGGGAGAUGAGCAGGAUGAUGUAGCGAUUGCAACUAGACGCACAAGCAUAGCCUCGCCCGGGCAGAGAAAUACGCCGCCUUUCGAUACCAGCAGGGAAAGCACCACCUUGCGGACGGACACCGAACAAGAUACGAAUUAUACCCGCGGACUUCGCACUAGAGGACCUGCUGGUGGACCUGCGCCAGAUAUGAUUGCUACAGGUACAGAUGCAGGAACAACUAGCAGUACAUUAGGAACCGCAAGUUUUGGUGGAAAUUUCGUCCCGCAACAUCAAACAACCACGAGUCUAAAGACAGGCGAAUUAUUGGAGGACGAACAAGUACAAGACGACUCAGAGGCGGAAUUACAACAAACCGACCCUUUACUUUCCCUGGCACGAGCCAAAACAAGCUUGCAAGUGGGAUCACCGUCGAGAGGUGGGCACCAGUUGCUACCCGAAGGAGUAGAGCCGCAGGAGCUAGUCCGGUUUUCGUCAAAAUCCACCCUGACUAGGUACCCAUCGGACCGCCAGGCGACGUCGCUGCGGUUGUUUUCGAAGAAUGGUAAGAGCGACGAGGGUACCACCAGGACGAGCUCUUAUCCAGGAGGAGCUUCUCCUGACCAGGAGGAGAGGGAUCUAGUGCUCGAUUUCCAGUGUGGCGACCAACUUGAUCUGUGCCGCCACAGUCCGUAUGAACCCCUGGACGAGUCGUUAAUGGCGAUCUGCUUGCUGGAGCUGAUCUCCGUUUCCACGGGAACGGCGGAAUCGCUGGGGCGGAAGGACUUAGCCGCGGCGGUCUGCCAUUCGAAGGCAAGAUUGGUGAUCGCGCUGUUCGUGUUGAUGCUCACGUUCUUGUUGCAGUUCCUGUUGAUCCAGGCGGUCAGUUUUCGGCUGGGUGGCGUAGACUCGAGUACGUUUGUCCGUACUAUGAUCCAGGAAAAAAGUGUCCCAGUCAUCAACACGUGAGGACUUGUUAGAAUUCAAAAUUAUAUGCACAAAGAAUUCGCUCCUGUCUACAAAUGUUGACAACGAAAACUUGUAAUGCGCAGUCGGCCACAAAUACAAAUAUGUCCGGCAUGGCAGAGGAUGUCAGUGUGGCUUGUCUUGUCUUGUCGCAAUACUAUACACUGUGUAACUGUGGAACUUCCACUUUCUUCUGUGCAUAACCAAUGUGCACAGAUUGGUACCAGAGGGGACCAGGGAUGUGACUGAGGUACUUCCUAUAGUUGCUAGUAGUUAAUAUCGAUAUCCCUUGAUGAUGAUCUUCUUGUUCAUCAUCGGGGAUUCUCCUUCAGGCUUUUGAAUUCGACUUGCUGUAUGUUUUUCUCUGGGUAAAAACAAACAGCGAUGAGGGUUUUUACGGUGUCGAGGAUUUUCAUUUUUUCCUUUGCAUUUGAUGUUGUUUGCGGAUAAUAUCAAUGAAUUCAUUAACAUGUUAAGCGAAGAGUACGAUUAAGUACUUUUAUGCAAAAAAAAUCCAUCAGAUUUUCGCCCCGCUCUCCGACGAUGACAAACAAACCUUCUGCAACUUGUCCCUCGCGAAUCCUGUCCUGACCAUCGGUAUCAACUGCAGAUAUGUGCUGGUCUUGGUCUGGAAGAAUGCAGGCAUCUGUCAUGAUGCAUUUUUAUGGACCUGCAAUAGAAGAAGGACGAUUGGAAUGCGCGAAGAGCAUGACAAGAUCGGCAAGCUUCAUCAGGGCUAGCCUGGAUCCAAAAAAUUGCGUCUUCAAGGGGUAAAAAGUGCGGAAUUUUUUUUGACUUCGCAAGACAGCUUUUUAUUCAGUCUACUUCAGACUCUUCAGCAUCGCAUUCGCAAGUUGCCAUGAGUUUCAGACCCAGAUCGAUCAUGUUUGCAAAGUGCAUAAGGAGCAUGCUGGUCGUGUUCUUGCUGCAGGCUAGCAACGAGAUCCGUUCCGCCCUUUCCCUCGGUCGCUGGGUGGCUCGCGUCUCCCAGCGAACCGAAUACGCGCCUAGUGGGCUCGGACACCUGGAUAUGCAAUACAAAUUUACCGUACAUUUACAAGAUGCAUCACAAAUUUCUCCAAUUUGGAGUGUGAAACUUGUCAUGCCAAACUGGGAUCGAAGCCAAGUUUUUCCAUGCAGAGACGGCAUUUGUAAGUGUACAGGAAAUUUACAGUGCAUACUGGAAGCGAGACCCGGGUGUUUGGUAAUCGUGGGGUUGACAGACACGGUGCGCUACACCUAUUCCUUUCUUAUCUUUCUGCCGCAGAUGCUAUUACUCCUUUUCCUAACUUACGCAUCGAAAAAGUACUAGUAUUGUGCUAGGAAAAACUAUCGUGUAGCAAAUGAAUAAUGAUCUUUUCAAGAAGAAAGUUGUAAUUUGUCAUGCAGAUGGGCGUUCUUUUUUACUGAUUUUAGUAGAAGGCCGCGGCCGCCCUGCCAUCCUGCCGGUAGAUCACCGAUAUCAUGCAGAUGAGCCAGGUCGUUUUCGUAAUAUGGGAACGCAGAUUUGCAUUUGUGAUGCGCAUGAUUGCGAUUAGUUGUACGAGUGCAAAAAUUAGACUGGUACUUUUGCAGUGCAUAGGACGAUAUCGGGUCUGGAAUUUGUCGCCUCAACGAGCAGCCAAGAAAUUCUGGAUACGGUGGUGAGUUACUUCAUCGUUACCCAGCUGCAAGAAUUUCUCUACACGGUGUCCGUCACGCGCCGGCAGAAGGUCGAAUUAAGUAUGACAUUCAAGUACCUGCCGGUGGAAGAGAGGAAGAAAGACCUAUCCAGCUUCGCCACCGCAUUUAUACAUGGCAGAAGUAUCGCACUAGUAGUAACUGCAUCAUAUUACAAAGAAGAUGAAGAAUGGAUAUGGAAUUUGUAAUGCUGCUGUAUGUAAUUCUAAUUUGGAAGCCGAAGCUGUAGCCCGCCCCUGGUGGGAAGGGAAGUCGUGAGAGGGGCCUUGUGCCCAGAUGCGCUACUAGAGGUAGACGCAUCAAAUCGCGCAAACUAAGCGGCAAUACGCCGCUGCUCCUGGCGAGUGAAGAAGGGCGGCGCCCGCAAUCCUGCGCGCGAUCCCCCUACCCCUGGUGGCUGUUCUCUUGUUCUUGAAGAAGAGCCCCGCUCUGGAAGCGGGCGAGCCUUGCAGGCUCCUGGUGAGCAGGCGAGGCGCCUCGCCGUCUCUGUUGGGUGAGAUGGUGGUGGGGUUUCGGCCGGCUUAACCUGAACAGCCCAGCGCCACACCCUGCCCGACCAGCCACUCCGAGGAAGGCCCUCGGGCGUGUUGCCGCGUCGUGUGCGAAGAGGCCCGGCAUGGCGUGCCUCUCUCGGCCUUCGGCCGUAUCAGUGGGCACGCUCGCACCGCCGUAAGCCCUAGCGCCCCACGCCGCGCGCAGCAGCUGGCGGCACUUCCCGGGGAUGGACGGAAGCGGUGGGGCCUGCGCUAUUCGGGAAAGCCUUGGCGGGCACCCCCAGCCCCCUGGCGGGGCCGGCGCCGCUCUUCUUGACGAAGGGCGCACAGCAGGGCUCUGCGCCCCUUGCACCGCUGGCGGGCAAACUGCACCCGCGCGCCGCACAGAUAGCGUCCGGCCUAAAGUCAGACGACAAUUAAGGGACGCGCCCAGGUAGCGCGAAUCGGGAUCCUUUCGCCGUAGUAUAAUCAAUCUGUGUUGCCCACCUGGUGUGCGCCCUCUGAUUGGUGCUACUAUACGGAACGAGUGCAAGAGCCGGUCUGCCAAGGCCACAAACCUCCAGCACGCUGUUCUCCUCCAGCUCUCGCCACUUGAUGUUGCGACUGCGUAGGAGGGUUACGUUUCGCCGGGCCUCCACAGCCUCGCUGUCCGGCGGGUUGCUGCAAGUAUAGCAGGGCUAAAGAGCGGGCGCCGUGUCUGUUUGAAACAAGAGCGGAUCAAAUACAAUACAAAAAGCCGAAGCUGUAGCACAUGACUUUUGUGAUGCGGAAGCAGAACACUUCAUUGCAUGAUCAAAAACAGAUGCAUAAAGUACAAGUGCGAUACUUUUGUAUCUGGGAUAGCAUUUGAGGCGUGCCAAUUUUUGUUGAAUCCGGUCAUCGUGUUUCUGAUUUACUACGUUUUUCUCCCGAAUAUUUUGGGUAGAUCGGAAUUAGAGCUGGUGAGCUUUAAUCGUGUCUGCGAGGAUCAUUACACGGAAGAAUACUACGGCAACACGCGCGGGAUCCGUUGGUACAGAAUGUUUAUGUUCUUCUCUGACGAAAACUUUAAUUGGUUUUUUAUAUUUGCCGCCCCUUUCACAGUUGUCUUUGUGCUGGGGUUCAUAGGUUUAGGGAGAUAGAAGUAAGAACUGGGCUAUUUGUAUGGCUGACUGGUGUCGAUUUCUUCACUAGUACCGCAGAUAUAAAAAUUCUUCACAUUCUCGGACCUACCUAGCAACCCUUUUAAAGCAGAGGCUUUUUAUCGCUCACCUUGUAAGAAGCACGCGCGUCACUCUGAUGCUUU